AAAUUUUAGAUGAAAGGGCUUUUGGAUUUUGUAUGACGCUCCGCAUCACGUGUUCAUAGGAAAUACACUCGCUAUAAUUUUUUGGAGCUCCCUCGUCCUGCGCCGCCGACCAUAGUUGUUUUUGCCGUCCUCGUACAGUGGAGCUGACGGCUUUUGGAAGGCAGUGCAAUGUAACGUACCUCGCCGUGGUCACCGACGGGUUCACGCCAGUUCACCGGGUUUACUUGAGGAGAGCUGCCGGCCCCUUUUUUUUACUCGUCUCCUUCUUAUUCUUUUCAUAGCGAAACGAGCGGAGCCAAAAUAAUUCAUUUAUGUAUUAAUGUCGGAUUCCAUCUUUCCCCCCGCCGCCGCUGAGGUUCCACCAGAGCUGUUAAACUUGUCCAUGUGACAGGAAUCCAAAAUUGGUAGAAGGCAUGAAGCAACACUGUGAUAUCUCUGUGGCUGGUCCAUGACACCAAACCCCACCUUUGACCUCUCCACUAUCCACCUACCCUUUGUUCUCAUCAAAUCGGACUACCAAUCACUCACAUUUACACCAAGCUGAAAUAUGGCCAGCAAGAGGAAAUCCACUGUGCCCUGUAUGAUACCAUCUAAAUCCAAACAUGCACGUGAGGAAAUUGUUCUGGGCUCGCUACCAGAACUCCUACCAACAAUCCCAGAAGACAGCAUACUCAGCAUCUCCGGGGAGGAGUCGGGCAACUUCUCUCACAGCUCUUCCAAAUCCGAAGGCAGCAGUGAAACGCAGAAAGGAGGUACUUACAGCUGUGUCACUUGCCAGUUCGAGUCCAGAGAUCUCAACUUCUUUUUGGAUCACAUGCACAACUGCCACUUAGACUUCAGGGCCCAGCCCACCUUCUACUGCCUGAACUGUGGGGUGUCGGUUGUCCGCUUCGAGGCUCUUGCAUUGCACAAUGCUAAUGCUCACCCUAAGAUUAUGGAGGGCUUGGUUACUGCCUCCCUGAGUGUCAACAAGAGAGACAGAGGAACAACUGUGGAGCAAAGCCUCUUUACAGACAGUGGAGAAGACUACAAAGAAUCUGGGAUCUCCCUCACCAAAACACCAAUCGCAAAGAUGAUGAAAGCCAAGGGGGAGCACAAAAAAAUUGUUGUAUCUCACACUGUGGAGGUACGUAAGAUAGACGCUGGAAAGGAAGUAGACCCUAGCAUGCUGACUAAUGUGCCUAAACUCCAAAAUGGGGCUCUCAGUACCUCUGGGGCCCCAGCUAUGCCGAGGACCACUGUCACUCACGUGAUUACGACAGUGUCCAACCAAGUCUUUCACCAGCACACUCCCCCUCUUUACUCCCCCACUUCCUCUGACACAAAUAAAGAUCUUCCAAAGGUGAUGAUCCCUCUCAGCAGCAUCCCCAGCUACGAUGCCGCCAUGGACACCAGCAGUUUUCUCAAGACAUCGUUUGGCAAGUUUCCCUACCCGACCAAAGCUGAGCUCUGCUACCUGACGGUGGUUUCAGAGUUUCCAGAAGAGCAAAUCAAACUAUGGUUUACUGCCCAAAGGCUUAAACAAGGCAUCAGCUGGUCUCCUGAAGAAAUCGACGAGGCCAGGAGGAAGAUGUUCAACACUGUUUUCCAAGGAGCAGCACCCCAGAAGCAACCUGUGACAGCGCAACAGGUCAAUCAGAUCGUAACCCACCACACUGUCACUGGUCUUCCAGGCUCAAAAGGACAAAACUUUCAGAUGGCCAAAGUUCCAUAUGGAGGUUUAAAGCCAAGACCAGUCGGAGUCAUAGCCACGCAGACCAGCCUGUCAACCAAGCCCCAUGUCUCAAGGGUCUCGUAUUCUUCUCCAGUUGCCCCACCAAAGUUUUCAUCUGCUGUCCGAACAACACAGGAGCCUGCCAAGAGUACUGAACUCACUUUGGAACCAGAGAAGAGCAAUGGGCUGGAUGCGGCUGGAAGCAGCGGUUGUGUCAGUAGCACCAGCCGCAGUCGAAGCAGCAGUAGCAGCAGCAUCAGCAGCUAUUCCAGCAUUACCAAUGGUGUUGAGAGCAGAAAACCGGUUAACAACAACGGCAGUUCGACCAAUACCACCAACAGUGUUGACUCGUGCUCUGCGUACACUAGCAAUAACGGUGAGCACUGUGUUGCUGACACCAACAGCAAACCAAGCUCCAAGACCAACAGUUUAUCAACCGGAUCGGGAGGUUCGAACAGCAGCACGAGUCAAGUGAUCAUAGACAACACCAGCAGGUCAAAAACCAUCUGUGACAAUCAUCAUAGCAUCGUCGUCUGUGAGCCAGGUGGGGCUCACCCUGACGGGGCUGAUGACGAAAACAACAGCCACAUUCACAAGACUGACAACAGCAGUAUUAGCAGUGAAAACUCCAGUUCCACCAGUGAUGACAGCGUUCCCAACAAGAAUCAUGCCAGCAAAUCCCCAACAGAAAGCACCAGCACUACUGUCAUUACAAAAAGCAACAACUCGUCCUCUAUAGAAGAGGGUGGAUGCAACAAAGACUUUCCCAUGAAAGGCAUGUCAAUCUUACAGAAGCUCAUUAAGGAGGAGGACCUAAUUAUCAGAGACAGGGCAUGCAAAGAGCUCAGAGUUGACCCCAUUAAGAUCAAUUUUAAAAGGCUGAAAAUGAACGAACCACAGACUACAUCUGUCGUUCAUCAAGAUCCCAACUGUGACAUUGAGGUGUCUGCCUGCCAUACGUCUUUCUCGCCGCCCUGGGGCAACAAGACCCCACAGCAGCUGCAAAUCCUCCGGCAGGCUUUCUCCAACACCCGCUGGCCCAGCAGCCUUCAGUAUGAAGAGUUAAGCAUUCAGACAGGCCUUCCUAAGUCAGAGGUGGUGCGCUGGUUCAGCGACAGUCGCUACAGCCACAAGAACGGGCAGCUGAAGUGGUUGGACUCCUACCAACGGCCUCCAUCAGAGUCAGAAGACGCAAGGAGCCAUGGAGACCCAGAGGCCGAGUCACAGAAAGAACCUUUGCUGGCCAAGAAGAAACUCAUUGAGCAAGAAACAAUCAAGAACCUGGAAGGGAAAGCAGGGCUGGACUCAGGGCAGCGGCUUGUAUGGCAGGAUUCAUACAAGCCGCUGCUGGCUCUGACAGGGUCCGAGGCUGGACACGACAGACCUGAGCAGUCAGGGCAGCCAGCAGUCCUGCAGGAUCCCUGGUUGGAGAGAGGAGUGGAGCACCAGCAGCCUGCAGCGAGUCAUUCACUGAUCGAACAGCAGACCGACACCAAUCAGGCCAGGGACCGCCUGAGGAUGGAGCUGCUGGAGGUGUGAUGAAGCAGCGGCGACGUGACGUUUAAAGACUGGCCUGCUCCCCUGGCUGUGAUUUGUUUUUGUUUUUUUUUUGGUUUUUUAAAGAAAAACAAAAAAAAGUGUGUUCAUAAUGACAGCAGAUGUGAUUGUAGCUGGACCGCUGGACUCUGACUUAAACUGUGAAUACCCUCCACUCCCUCGUCUGCCUCCUGCUCCUCCUCUUCUUCUUCCAUCUGCCAUCACUUCCUUGCACCGACAGAAGAAAAAGAACUUCUCACCUUUUGAGUCCUGUGAUGUUUAAGCCUUUCAUGCUUCUUUGUGGUUGUGUGGGGAGGGCGCACAACGAGGUCAGUAUGAGGGAUCAAAGAGAAGAAAGAUAAGACGCACACUGACUGGAAAAGUGACUUGAAUGAGCGAAGCUAGGUUAGGAGAGAGGUUAUUGUUUUCGGCCCUAUUAUAUAUAUAUAUAUAUAUAUAUAUAUAUAUAUAUAUAUGGUUGACACUGCACUAUAACAGAUGAUUUGUACUGACUGGACAAACAAAAGAUGUGUCGAGGAAAUGCUAUUGUUGGAUUUGUGAUAUUUUUUACUUUUUUUGUUUUUUAGCAACCAGUACUACAGCACUGCCUUGAAUUUUACUUCUUUCCGUUAGUUGGGUUUUCAAUUCUAUCUACUCUUCUAUAGUCACUGUAAGUCCAGAUGCAAUCGAACAUGUUUUAUUCAGAUCUGUAUUAAUGUUGGUGAUCACUUUGCAGUUCAGAUACACGCAAGAGGCUAUAUACAAUGCACUAAUGAAGACAGCGACGCUUAAAAAAGGAGAAGUCACACUGCUUCACUGUAAAGGUAUUGACAGCUCUGUCAAGAUCAAUACACUACACUGCCCUGCAAACUGAACAGAGAGAAGCCUGUCACGCUACCGUUGCCUUACUCAGCUCUGUCUGUGUGUUCAUAUGACUCGUCUGUUCAUCGCCUUGCUUUCGAGCUACUGUGCUGUCCAGAAAAGAGAAAAGAAAAAAAAGAAACUUGCCAGUGCAUUUGAUGGUCACUGUUGGUCUAUAUCUGUGAAAAAAAAUACUGUGCCGCUUUCUGUACACUUGGAGAUGUUCAACUUUAAGCUGUAAUUGUAUCGAAUAUUGUUAACUGGCAAAAGAAGAAAAAAAAAUGUUGGAAAACAAAAUUCUCAAUUUGAACCCUAAACACUGACGGAGUGAGUUAUUGUGCUAGCUAGAGAGCCAAAAUGAGGAGAAGGUCGCUCUCCUCUGAAUUUUCUUGUCUUUAUAUGAACGCCUACAGUCACUACAUGAAUCUUACUAAGCUGCAUCCUGAAGCUGCUAAUAGCGAAGAAUGGUGCUAUACCAUCCAAAGUGAAAUUGGGAGGUUUUUGUCUCCUACCAGCAGUGUGUGCACUUGUGUCGAAUGUUACAAAUUUAUUUUGGGUUGAGAUAAAUGGAAUCUGGACUUACGGUGUUAAUGAUCACUUAAACUUUUAUGAAAAUAGUCUUGAUCAUAAAGCACUGUUGUAUUAUCCUUUCUACACAUCUGAGUCGUUACAGAAUAAACUGAUCACUCAACAAGCA